AUGGCCAGUGACAUCUCACCGGCCUACAGCGCCAGCUUGUGUAUAUACAAACCUGACGACGACCUGCAGGUGACCAGGGCGCAAAUCGUCCGAGACUCGUGCAAGUUCACAAGCCUGAUUGAUCAGGACGCGGACGCUCAACAGACAAAAGUUAGGCAAAGGAUGACGUCGCUCCUAGAUGAUUACUAUGACAGGCAACACCGGGCCUAUCAUAUCGAGGAUCUAGGGAAGGUUCUUGAGCCCUUGAAGAUUCGUUACCACGGUAGAAUGCGUGACAUGUCGUAUGACGAGCGGUACACGGAGCACAUCGAGCCUACCGAUUUUCUCCCGUUCAUCUCGCUUGUAAGCCGGGGGCCGCCGGACAUGAACGUUGCGGCAAUCACCGCGGUUGUCGACCGGUGGAGGAAUAUCUUUGCUGACAGUGGUGGGAAGUUGGCACAUUGGUGUUGGCUCAAGGCGCUGACAGUGUUGGGGCACAAGUGGAGUUGGGGAACAACGACACUUGCGUACCUAUACCGUCAGUUGGACGAUGCUUUCCGCGGGACUGGUACUAUGGGUAUAGGUGGAUAUGCGCUGACAGUGUUGAAGCACAACUGGAGUUGGGGAACAGCAUCACUUGCAUACCUGUACCGUCAGCUGUCAUGUACGUACAAGCAGUACACUGAGGAGUUGGACACUCUUACCGCUGAGCAGGUGGAUUGGGAGCCAUAUGGUAGUAGGUACCAUUUUGGCACGGCGAUGAGAGACCUCAACCCCAAGUGUUUGGAAGAGCGGUACGAGAUCAAAAAGCAUGCUGAGGAGUGCGAGAUUGUUUGGGAUAACAGCCUUAAAGAUGAAAAUGCUAGCUCACCGCUGCGGAAUUUCGUGAAGAUAUGGUCACCAACUUUUGCAAAGCUGUGGCACAUAGGCAACUUGCUAGGUUGCCGCGACGGCGAAAUUGCUACACCAUCGCCCUCGCCUCCUGAAGACGAACCUCAUGAUUUGGAGAUUCCUGACGACACUGUUCUGAGUCAAGCCAAGGAGCAAGCACAUGCCGCACGGUCUGCGUACAUGUUGAAGCCUAGGGGGAAGGGACCAAACCAUUACACACCGGAAGACUACGUGAACCGAGGAAAGAAGGUUGUGCUUGACUCCGACUAG